AUGGAGGCAGCCUGCCCGCUCAUUGCAUGUCAGGGCAGUUUGGUCUGUAAGCAGCUCUUGAUUUAUGGACAGCCCGUGAACUCUUGUGGGGCCCGCCAUGUGCCCCCAGCCUGCCAGCUAGUGCAGUCUGGGUAUUGGAGUCUGGAGAGCAAGGGCGCCGCCGAGCCAUCUGAACUGCCAAAGCACUUCAAAGGCCUGCAGGUCAUUUAUCUUCCCCUGACGCUCCCAAUGCUCCGCCUCAGCUGA